AUGGUCAACUCCUGCUGUGGCUGCACCUGCUGCCAGCCCUGCUGCUGUCAGCCCAGCUGCUGCCAGACCACCUGCUGCAAGACCACCUGCUGCCACCCCAGCUGCUGUGUGCCCCAGUGCUGCACCUCUAGCUGCUGCCGCCCCAGCUGCUGUGUGUCCAGCUGCUGCAGGCCCUGCUGCCAGUCUGUGUGCUGCCAGCCCAGCUGCUGUCGCCCCAGCUGCUGCCGCCCUACCUGCUGCAUCUCCAGCUGCUGUAGGCCUUGUUGCCAGCCCAGCUGCUGCCGCCCCAGCUGCUGCAUCUCCAGCUGCUGCAGGCCUUCUUGCCAGUCCGUGUGCUGCCAGCCCUGCUGCCGCCCCAGCUGCUGCCGCCCCAGCUGUACUAGCUCCAGCUGCUGUGGCUCCAGCUGUUGCCGCCCCAGCUGCUGCAUCUCCAGCUGCUGCAGGCCCCAGUGCUGCACCACCAGCUGCUGCAGGCCCCAGUGCUGCAUCCAGUGCUGCAUCUCCAGCUGCUGCAGGCCUCAGUGCUGCACCUCCAGCUGCUGCAGGCCCCAGUGCUGCAUCUCUAGCUGCUGCAGGCCCCAGUGCUGCACCUCCAGCUGCUGCAGGCCCCAGUGCUGCAUCUCUAGCUGCUGCAGGCCCCAGUGCUGCAUCUCCAGCUGCUGCCGCCCCAGCUGCUGUGGUAGUUCUUGCUGCUGA